CAAAAAGCACAUGACUGUUUACAGUCAAGCCACGCCCCCGGACGCUCUGAUUGGCUGCCGUGGAAGAAUCCCUGCCAAGCGUUUUUCCCGACCUCACAUAUAAACUUGCCAUUGACAGUCGCCAGGAAUUUACAGGCUGCCGCUUCACUGCCCUUCAACCGAGCCAUACAACUAACAAAAGAAGGCGAGGAAAUGCGUCAGACCGUCCUCUUCGCCCUGCUCGGCCUGAGCGUUGGGCUCGUUGUUGGAUUUCCAACGGGGGAAAACGAAAAAAGUGGGAAAAACUGGGUGGUAAUAGUGGCCGGUUCCAACGGCUGGUACAACUACAGGCAUCAGGCCGAUGCAUGCCAUGCCUAUCAGAUUGUCCAUAGAAAUGGCAUCCCAGAUGAGCAGAUUGUAGUGAUGAUGUACGACGACUUGGCUCAAAAUGAGGACAACCCCACCCCCGGGAUAUUGAUCAACAGGCCAAAUGGCACUGAUGUGUACAAGGGAGUACCAAAAGACUACAUUGGGGACGAUGUGACCCCGGAACACUUCCUGGCGGUGCUGAAGGGUGACUCUUCCAACAUCAAGGGUGGUUCUGGCAAAGUGUUGAAGAGUGGUCCCAAUGAUCACGUGUUUGUCUACUUUACCGACCACGGGGCACCCGGUCUUCUGGCCUUUCCUAAUGAUGAUCUCCACGUUGAAGAUCUCCAGGCAGCCAUUACGUACAUGCAUGAGAACAAGAAAUACAAAAAGAUGGUGUUCUACAUUGAAGCAUGUGAGUCCGGGUCAAUGAUGAACCAUCUGCCUGCUGACAUUGACGUGUACGCCACCACCGCCGCCAACGCGCACGAGUCCUCAUACGCCUGCUAUUACGACGAGAAGAGGGACACCUACCUGGGUGACUGGUACAGCGUUAACUGGAUGGAGGACUCUGAUGAGGAGGACCUGACUAAAGAGACUUUGCUGAAGCAGUUCAAGAUCGUGAAGAGCCACACGAACACCAGCCACGUCCAGCAGUUCGGCAACAAGACUUUGGCCCACAUGAAAGUUAUAGCGUUUCAGGGUAAUCCCAAAUCCUACAGCCCACCCGCUCCCCGGAUGUCCGCGCCACGGGGUAAGGCUAUGGAUCUGACCCCGAGCCCUGACGUUCCUCUGGCCAUCCUGAAGAGGAGGAUGAUGUCCACCAACGACAUUACUGUCGCAAGGAGACUGCUCUCUCAGAUUGACAGCCACCUCAAGACCAAGGAGCUGCUGGCUGGAACGAUGCGUCUUUUGGUCGAGAAGGUGACCGGCAGUAAGCUGGAGGCCGAGGCCGUCCUCAGUGAGAGAGCAGAUCUCUCCCAGCACCAGUGCUACAAGGCUGCUGUCGACUUCUACAAACGCCACUGCUUCAACUGGCACAAAACGGAGUAUGAAUAUGCCCUUAGACAUUUGUAUGCUCUGGUGAACCUGUGUGAAAGGGGAUUCCCUGUACAGAGGAUCCACCAGGCCAUGGAAUCUGUGUGCUCCUUCAGAAACUAAAAGGACGUCUACCAAAAAAAAAACACUUGGGUCUGAAUGAACCAACUCCCUCCACGUGGGAAGAAAUGAGCUUUACUUGGACCGCUUGAGAAUCAAUCUGAUGUGGGGCUAAUGUUGUUGUUUUGUUUUUUCAAACACACUAUAACGCUGUAGUUUUUUAAACUUGUUUGAUUUUACUGAGAAUUUUUACACUUAUUUUACGAUGAGUUGCACUAUCACUGUAAAGACUUUUUGGAUGAUGUUUUAUUGUCUCUGAUAAUGUUUUUUUUUUUUUUCCAUUUAUUUUUAAAAUUUUGUCCAAGUAUGUAGGACAAAUCUAACCCAUCAUUGCUCUUGGUUUUAGUUUUUGGAAUUGUGUUCCCAGCAACAAUGUUUGAUUGACACAAUGUUUGUUGAGUUAUGAGGAAUUUGGCCUGAUGCCUACUUUAUUUGAAGUUCUCAUGGAAAAGAAAAAGCAAACAGAACAGACUGAGUGGGAAUCAUUGAUUUAAAAUGAUCAACUGGAGACCGAAAAGGAAACUAUCCGUUGUUAUUGCAUUUAAGACUUUUCCUUGGAAGUUUGAUCUAUUAGCCAGACCACAGAAUGAACAAAUGAACUAAAUUGUGUCAGACUCUUUGAUUAUUUGGUGCUGGAUCCUUCAUUAGCUGUCUUUUCUUUGACUAUGCGUGCUGGAUUGGUUUUAAUGUAAAUUCUCUUCCUGUCUCUGUAUAAUUUCUGGUAUCAGUCUUAAAUUGAAGUGCUGUGUCACUUCUAUAAAAUAAGAGGCUAAACCUAAUGAAAUUGUGACUCCAAGUGGUCAAAUGUUUACUUACAUUUUGAGGAAAGAAAUAGUCUGACCCCUCCCAUUCAUUUAUUGAUUUUUUUAUUUUAUUUUUU